AUGCAGGCCUACACCGAGCUCGCAGCUCCCUCAGCUGUCACGCACUCCUUGACCGCCUCCCUCACUUCGGCUACAGCAAACAAUCUCGUUGUCGCAAAGGGCUCCCUACUCCAAAUCUUUACUACAAAGGCCAUAUCCGCCGAAUUCGAUCCCGAGAACCAACAAGCCCUUCCAACAAAGCCUGAACCUGAAUUCGAUCACCGCGCAAACGAUGACGAUGGCCUUGAAUCUUCGUUUCUUGGCGGCGAGACAAUGAUUGUCAAGACCGACCGCACAAACAACACAAAGCUGGUCCUUGUCGCAGAGCUUCCUCUUUCCGGUGCCGUCACAGGUCUGGCCAAGGUCAAGACCAAGCACUCGAAAUGCGGAGGCGAAGCUCUGUUGAUAGCGUACAAGGCUGCCAAGCUGUGCAUGGCCGUAUGGGACCCUGAGAAGAGUACCCUGGAGACCAUCUCCAUCCACUACUACGAAAAAGAGGAGCUACAUGGUGCGCCAUGGGAGGUUUCUUUUGACGAGUAUGCGAAUUACCUCGAGGCUGACCCCGGCAGUCGAUGCGCAGCCUUUCAAUUCGGCUCGCGCAAUAUUGCAAUCCUACCGUUCCGACAGGCGGAAGAAGACUUGGAGAUGGAUGAUUGGGAUGAGGAUCUCGACGGGCCACGACCUGUCAAGGAGACUGCUACAGUCGCCAAUGGAGAUAGCGACACAGUAGAACCACCGUAUACACCAUCUUUUGUCCUCCGUCUGCCGCUGCUUGAUCCCAGUCUCCUUCAUCCGGUGCACUUUGCUUUUCUGCAUGAGUAUAGAGAACCGACAUUUGGCAUUUUGUCGUCCAGCCAGGAACCCGCGCACUCCCUGGGUCAGAAGGAUCAUCUUACGUACAAGGUGUUUACGCUAGACCUGCAACAGCGAGCUUCAACGACUAUUUUGUCAGUUACCGAUCUUCCUCGAGAUUUGUUCAAGAUUCUCGCUUUGCCAGCGCCGGUUGGUGGUGCUUUGCUCAUCGGAGAGAACGAGUUGAUCCAUGUUGAUCAGUCGGGCAAAGCCAAUGGUGUUGCCGUAAACUCAAUGGCGCGACAGAUUACAUCGUUUAGCUUGACAGAUCAAGCGGACUUGAACCUACGGCUGGAGCACUGUGUUGUUGAGCAACUGCAUAUCGAAAACGGCGAGCUGUUAUUGGUUCUCAACGAUGGCCAGAUUGGUAUAGUUUCGUUCCUCAUCGAUGGUAGAACAGUCUCUGGACUGAGCGUCAAGAUGGUCACAGACGAAAACGGAGGCAAUGUCCUCAAGAGCCGAGCAUCCACAGCAUCCAAGCUUGGAAAGAAUGCCUUUUUUGUUGGCAGUGAGAUGGGCGACUCUGUGGUUUUGGGGUGGACAAGGAAAAUGGGACAAGAAAAGAGACGGAAACCUCGUCUAAUUGAUACAGACAUUGCGCUUGACGUGGACGAGCUAGAUCUUGAAGAUGACGAUGACGAGGACGAUGAUCUUUACGGUACAGAGUCUGCGGCUGCAAAGCCAGCUCAGGCACUCAACGGAAGUGGCAGAUCAGGCGAAUUGAGCUUCCGCAUACACGAUACACUGCUCAGUAUUGCACCCAUCAAGGAUCUGACUCCUGGAAAGACAUCAUUCCUUCCCGACAGCGAAGAGAUGACUCUGUCGGAUGGUGUUGUAUCGGAUCUUCAUCUUGCGUGCAUAGUCGGAAGAGGAAAGGCUGGAUCGCUAGCCAUUCUCAACCGUAACAUCCAGCCCAAGAUCAUUGGACGAUUCGAGUUUCCAGAGGCUCGAGGAUUCUGGACCAUGUCUGUCAAGAAACCAUUACCCAAAGCGCUUGGAGGAAGUGCUGGUGUUGGCGAUGAGUAUGAGACUUUUGGACAACACGAUAAGUAUAUGAUUGUGGCAAAGGUCGAUCUCGACGGUUACGAGACAUCAGACGUGUAUGCUCUUACCGGUGCGGGUUUCGAAACGCUUAAGGAAACCGAGUUCGACCCUGCGGCUGGAUUUACUGUUGAGGCUGGGACAAUGGGAAAGCAGAUGAGGAUUAUUCAGGUUCUCAAGUCCGAGGUUCGAUCCUACGAUGGAGAUCUUGGACUUACUCAGAUUCUGCCUAUGCUCGAUGAGGAGACUGGCGCGGAACCAAGAGUCACAAGUGCCAGCAUUGUUGAUCCCUACCUGCUCCUCAUCCGCGAUGAUAGCAGUCUUUUACUAGCACAAAUCGACAGCAACAAUGAGCUUGAAGAGGUGGAAAAGAUGGAUGCUACACUGCAAAACACAAAGUGGCAUGCUGGAUGUUUGUAUGCUGAUACAAAGGGCGCUUUCCAACUCAGUGCCAGCGAUAAGGGCGAGACUGAAAAGAUUAUGAUGUUCCUGCUCAGCUCUACUGGUGCGCUACAUGUGUACGCUCUCCCUGAUCUUUCAAAGCCCGUCUACGUUGCUGAAGGUCUCUCUUACGUGCCCCCUCAUUUAUCAGCCGAUUACACACUUCGAAGAGGUCUGGCAAAGGAGACUCUGCGCGAGAUCUUGGUAGCCGACCUUGGCGACACUAUUUCCCAAUCCCCAUAUCUCAUCCUCCGCAACCAAACAGACGACCUCACCAUUUACGAACCCAUUCGUCAUGUCAGACCAGGCGGCGAAAGCAACCUAUCUGCCGCCCUCAGCUUCAAAAAAACGUCCAACGUAACAUUAGCCACAACACCCGCUCAAACAGAAGACGACGAAGUCGAGCAACCCCGUUUCAUGCCCAUGCGCAGAUGCGCAAACAUCAACGGCUACAGCACCGUCUUCCUCCCCGGCUCCUCUCCAAGCUUCGUACUCAAGUCCAGCAAGAGCAUUCCCCGUGUCAUCGGUCUUCAAGGCCUCGGUAUCCGCGGAAUGAGCUCGUUCCACACAGAGGGUUGCGAUCGCGGCUUCAUCUACGCGGACGACAAGGGCAUCGCGCGCGUCACUCAGUUUCCGUCCGAUACCAACUUUACCGAACUCGGCAUCUCGGUCAAGAAAGUCCCUCUGGGGUCUGACGUUCGCGGCAUCGCAUACCAUCAACCCACCGGUGCAUACAUCGCAGGCUGCAUGACAAGCGAACCCUUUGAACUUCCCAAAGACGAUGACUAUCAUAAAGAGUGGGCAAAGGAAACACUCUCUUUCCCUCCAACCAUGCCCCGCGGCAUCCUGAAGCUCAUCAGCCCCAUCACCUGGACCGUCAUCCACGACAUCGAGCUCGAGUCUUGCGAAUCAAUCGAGUGCAUGAAGACGCUCCACCUCGAAGUUUCAGAAGAUACAAAAGAGCGUCGCUUCCUCGUCGCAGUUGGCACAGCCGUGUCAAAGGGCGAAGACCUCCCCAUCCGUGGCCGCGUCCACGUCUACGACAUCGUAACCGUCAUCCCCGAACCCGGCAAGCCAGAGACAAAUAGACGUCUCAAAGCCAUCGCCCGCGAAGACAUUCCCCGCGGCGGCGUCACAGCCAUUUCCGAAAUCGGAACCCAGGGCCUCAUGCUCGUCGCCCAGGGCCAAAAGUGCAUGGUCAGAGGUCUCAAGGAGGACGGAUCUUUGCUGCCUGUCGCUUUUCUCGAUAUGAGUUGCCAUGUUUCCAGCGCGCGCGAACUCUCUCGCACAGGUCUUUGUCUCAUGGCUGAUGCGUUCAAGGGUGUGUGGUUUGCCGGUUACACUGAGGAGCCGUAUACUUUCAAGGUCUUGGGUAAGAGCCAUGGCCGGUUACCAGUUGUGGUGGCGGAUUUCCUCCCUGAUGGAGAUGAUCUUGCUAUUGUCGCGGCGGAUGUAGAUGGUGAUUUGCACAUUCUCGAGUUCAACCCCGAGCACCCCAAAUCUCUUCAAGGCCACCUCCUUCUCCAUCGCACAUCCUUCUCCGUCUCUCCUAACCCACCAUCCACAACUCUUCUCCUCCCACGCACAACACCACCCAGCCAUCCAACCCCCCAAGACCCUCCCCACGUUUUACUUCUCGCAUCCUCCUCCGGCCACCUAUCCAGCCUGAUCCCGCUCCCCGAGACAGCAUACCGCCGUUUGUUAUCUGUAACGAACCAGCUCCUCCCCGCCCUGACACCGCACGGUGGCUUAAACGCCAAGGCCCAUCGUUUGCCCGUUGGUACGCGAACUGUAGGUGUUGAGGCAGCGGGUGGAAGAGCGAUUGUUGAUGGAGCCGUGUUGGCGAGGUGGGCUGAGUUGAGCGCUGCAAAGAGGGCUGAGAUUGCUGGUAAGGGCGGGUAUGAUGGUGUUGAGGAGCUGAGAGAGGAGUUGGAGGGUGUGUUGGGAUGGAGCGGCAUGUCGUACUUUUAG